CUAACUGACGGCCAACCCUGUAAUCUUAAACAAACGCUCCCUACGACUAACAGCCAGCCAGCUAGGGAGAGUACGCAGAAGCUAAAUAGAAAUCGGAAAAAAAUGGCAACGGCAAUUUACUUGGAGCAUUAUCUUGACAGUAUUGAAAAUCUACCAUGUGAGUUACAGAGGAACUUCACUCUGAUGCGGGACCUGGACAACAGAACCGAAGAAAAGAAAGGAGAGAUCGACAAACUGGCUGAGGAGUACAUAGCGAAUGUCAAGAACCUGGCCUCGGAGCAGAGAGUGGAACACCUGCAGAAGAUCCAAAAUGCUUACAGCAAGUGCAAAGAGUUCAGUGAUGACAAAGUCCAGCUUGCAAUGCAGACAUAUGAAAUGGUGGAUAAACAUAUCCGCAGACUGGAUGCAGAUCUGGCUCGGUUUGAGAAUGAACUGAAGGAGAAACUAGAAUUGAGCGGGUAUGAAAGUACAGAUGGAAGAGGACUGAAAAAGACCGAAAUGCGGGGCCAGAGGGAAAAGCGUGGAUCCAGGGGUCGAGGAAGGAAGGGUUCUGAUGAAGAUUCUCCCAAAAAGAAAAAGAAGACCAGUCCAGACCUCAGUGAUGCUCUUCUGCCAAUGCAGCCGUCAGACGUUUUGGACAUGCCUGUGGAUCCCAAUGAACCCACGUACUGCCUGUGUCAUCAGGUUUCAUAUGGAGAGAUGAUUGGAUGUGAUAACCCUGAUUGUCCCAUUGAGUGGUUUCACUUUGCUUGUGUAGACCUCGCCACAAAACCAAAAGGAAAAUGGUUCUGUCCAAGGUGCACUCAGGACAGGAAGAAAAAAUAAGGCUUCCUUUCAGAAAUGGCUAACUAUUUUUUGUUGUUGGUGUCACUAAAUAGUCCACUGUGUAUUUGUUUUGGCAAUACUCCGUUAAAAAAGGUGGUUCAUACAGAUUUCCUUAAAAACCGUGUCCAACUUGGUGUAAAGCUACUUUUGUGAAAUAUUUCCCUACCAGCUUCCCUGUGUUCCCUACCUCCUUUGAAUUUUAGCACAGCUGUCUUUCUUUGUCUUGUAGCUUUAAAUCAAAUAGUUUUACAGUAUAUUUACUCUACGUUCCGGGUCUUGUCAGAACAGUCCUUCCUUCAGUAAAAAGUCCAUACUGUCUUGACUAACAAAGUCGGAGAUCCCAGAUUGUUGCUUUAGCAUACUUGAACUGUUAGUUUUAUAAACAACUAUUAAAAAACAAAAACAAAUGAACAGCCUGCUGAGAAUUACAUUUUAAACACAUAUAUCUUUACGGAAACAGUGGUGGUAAAAAGGAAUUAUGUGACAGAUUUAGUCUGUUGUUGCUACCUCUUUAGGGUUUACAUUAGGACUGCAUGAAUGAAAAGAGGGGUAUUACAAUCAGCUUAAGCUAGACUAGCAAAGAAAAUAAUGUAAACUCAAAUUUCAACACAAGCCUAUGACAUAUUUGAAUGUAUUGUGGUACUAAUGGUCAGUUGUUCUCUUCUGUCAUCUGAGUGGCGUAUUUAAGCACUUUGAAUAAAAUUGUUGCCCCUGAAGAGGUUUGACACUGCAGGCUAAGUUUAAGAUCUUGUUUCUCAUGUUAAACUUUGCUAUUGAAUGUCUGUUGUUUUCCUAACUUGUACAAAACUGUAGGGAAAACACUGGUCCUUCACAUCAAACCAUACAUGGAAAAAUAUGUGUAUUUUGAAUGAAACAAUAUUUUGUAGACACGUUGUUCCAAAGAGAUAUUUGUUGUGUUUAAAAAUACUGGCGACUCGGAUUUAAUUUAAUAAGACUUUAGCAGCCUCCUUCAUAUUUGACUGUGAAUAUCCCUCAUUUAGGUGUAAACCACAAAUAUAAAAACCAAAGUCAAUGUAUUUUGUAAAAUUCUUGUAUUUUAUAACAAAUAAAUUUUCAUUAUUAAUCCUA